CAUUUUUGCUUUCACAGCUCCCAUAUCUAAACAAAAUGGCCCCCAAGAAGGACGAGAAGCCCGCGACUCAGGAGGCCGGCGCCGAGGCCCCUGCCAAGGCUGAGGCCAAGCCCAAGGCCGAGAAGGCCGCCAAGAAGGCCAAGAAGGAGCCCUCCAAGAAGGCUGCUAAGGAGCCCAAGGGCGAUGGCGCGAAGAAGGACAAGAAGAAGAAGAAGAGCGCCGUGGAGACCUACAAGCUGUACAUCUACAAGGUGCUCAAGCAGGUGCACCCCGACACCGGCAUCAGCAGCAAGGCCAUGUCCAUCAUGAACAGCUUCAUCAACGAUAUCUUUGAGAAGGUGGCCACUGAGGCCUCCAAGCUGAGCCGCUACAACAAGAAGCCCACCGUGACCUCCCGUGAGAUCCAGACCGCCGUGCGCCUGGUGCUGCCUGGCGAGCUGGCCAAGCACGCGGUGUCGGAGGGCACCAAGGCCGUGACCAAGUUCACCUCGGGCUAAGCGCCCUCUGGACCGAUGACCUGGUGACGCAUUGACGCAUACCACAAAACAAACUCGGUGUUUCUCAACACCACCCUACACCACCACUCACUUGGGGAUCGGGGGAGACAAUUAACGACCCCAUUCAUUGCACGUGGGGUCCUUGGAAGCUGCUGUCGCAGUGAGCCUGACCAGCAGCUCAGGCUCCAGGCACCGUGGCGAGGGGCACACAGCUGGCACGGGACGGGUGGGGGACCUGGCGCCCUACAUUACGGUAUACGCUGACACUGCUGGCACGCUGCAGAUGAACAGGGAGUGCUGCUGAACGGUGACCUGAGGGUGUCGACCUGGCCUGGCUUCAUUCAUGGGCAGGGAGGGCGGCAUCCACGCCGCGCAGCAUGCAGGCCUUCGUUUGGGGGCUUGUUGGGGUGCAACAGUUGAAACGUUGUGUUGUGUGUGGUGACAAGGUGGUGAGCACCACGUGCAUUCCUGUCCGUGUGGAAACCGAGGCCCGGGCCGAGGGGGUCUUAUAACGCCUGCAACCGUUAUACAUGCAGCUAGUUUGGUCCCGAAUGGGGGUGCUUUUGCUCCUGUGCUCCCAAGUGGAAGCUAGUAACGCGGCUAACCUGGCUGGGUCCGUAUUCUGCAUAACGGCCUGCAUCCCACCUAUAAAAUGAUCU